AUGGCAAGCAAAUAUCGUAAGAAGUUUACUCUACCAGAAAAUGCCUAUAAGAUUCUUGAGGAUUACACAAGAGAAGUCUUAAGAGAUUAGCCCAAGGACAUCUUAGAGUUCAGCUAUUUGUACUUCAAAGCUCUUGAAGAGGGAAAAUUAGAGGAAUUUGAUUAUCAUAGAAAGGGAGAGUCUAUUCCACCCCCUAAGCUUAAACCAUAAGAUUAGCAAAACUUUGAUGGCCAAGGGCCAGAUAUGCAAAAUCAAGGGUAUGAGGGUGAAGAUAACUAAGAAUAUGAUCCAAACCAGCAAGAAGAUGGAAAUGCUUACGAAUAGAACGACUAUGGCAACGAAGGAGAUGAUGAUCAGCAAUAAUAAAGAUUUGUGGAUGAUGAAGGCAAUGAAAUUCCACAAGAGGAAGUAGAAGCAUACUUGCGCGCUCAGCAAGAGUAGAUGCAGUUCUAGGAAGAUGAUCAAAACUAUGGAGAGGAGAAUGAUUACGGCCAGGAAUAGGAUGACAUAGAUCUGGCUAAAUAAAGAAGAAAAACUAGUCCAUUUGGCAAGGAUCAUCCAGAUUACCUUGAUAUGCCAUUUCAAUUCGAAGAUAAUGAUUACGAGUUCCAGACUGAGCAAGUUGACUACAAAUCAUCCAUUGUAGAAGCUAAUCAGAACUCUCUUAAUUCCUUAGCUCAAACAUCCUUGAACCCAACUUAGUCAAAGCCAAGUAUUUAGCAAAAGUAAGGUUAUGACACAGAAACAUUUUACUAAUCCCCAGUAGCUAACUAAUUAAACUUUGACUAUGAGAAUUAUGCUAACUAGAAUGAAAUCGACCGCACUGCAACUCUCAAUAAUCAUAAAUAUAAAUCUAUGUCCACGGAGAAUCUUUCUCAUCAUAAUAAGUAUUAAUCAAGAUAAAAUAAACUUGAUACUAUUCAUGAAAACUCGAAGAAUGAGUCUGUUCAAGUUGAAGAUCAUGAGAAUAGAAUGUUAUUGAAUUAGGAGCCUCUGAAAAGUGAGCCAUUCAGUGAAAAUGGAAGAACAGUGACAUCUGAAUUUGCCUAAAUGUACCUUCAACCCUUAACCAAAGUCUCUUCUUCAAAUGUUAUAGGCUCAAAUCAUAAUAAUACAGAGGAGGAUGAAUUUUUGACUAGUCUUUCAAAUAAAUAUACAACAACUUUAAAUGAAGGGCAAUAAUAACACUACGACGGAGAGGAUGACGAUUAUUUGCUUAUAGAUCAAAAUUAUGACUUAGAUAACACUAGAUUCAGAGAAAAUCUUACAGUUUUGUACCAAAAACGACUUCAAAAUGCUAGUUCUAUGGUUGAAUCUCUAAGUUAGUAAAAAAAUAAAGUCCUGUCAUGGUUGAGAUAUCUUCAAGAUCUUUAGCGGUAACUUUAAUAAAACUAAAUAUAAGCAGAAAAUGAAAUUAGAUUGAAAAAGUAGCAGCUUCUUCUUGAAAUUGAAAGAUUAUAUGAAAGUGCAAUGAGAGAUAUUAACCUUUAAACAAAGAUUAAAGGAGAUUAGAUAGCAGAUAAGAUGCAAGAGGUUAGGGAUUAUUAAGAUUAAGUUGAGCAAACCAUUGAUAUGAUUAAACUAAAGAUCAAAGGCUCCAACCAGUAAAAUUUUGUUCUGAACUACAUAAACACAAUGAGAGAAGGAGAAAAUGUGCUCAGUAAAAACAUAAGGGUAGAUCAUACUUUUGAACAACUUGUAACAGAAUUGAAGAUAAAAGCACCAUUUUUUAACUACUUUAUAAGUUAGAAGAAUCAUAGAGGAGAGCUAGUAAGUGUAAGUAUGAGCUUAAUGAGAGGUGCAUCUAAAGAGAAAUCUUAUGUAAGUCAUCUAAAUGAAACUAAGGGAGGCUAGCAAAGAAAUGCAUCCAGUUAAUUUAGGAAUCAAAAGACUAAUACAAAUGAAUCAAUUGACGGGGACAGAGUAUCAAGUUCAAACAGAGUGCAAAACAGUUUCAUUAAUCCUAAUUCUAAUUCAAAACAAUUCUAAAAGACUCAGCAAGAGUAUUAUACAGGAAAAGAGAAGCAAAUGACAGGAAGAACAGGAAGUAUGACUCAUAUCUAUAAGCUUCCUCCAAGGUAGACUAAGGAAAACAAUAGUAAACUUUCAAAUAAGGAUAAAAAUGUAGAUAUCAGAGAGGAAGUAAAUAAUUAAUCUUAAUUCAGCACUAUUAAUUAAAGGGAGACAUUUACUCCUAAUAAUAAAAAUAAAAAUGAGUCUAAAAUUUGGAAUGUCAACUCAAGUGAAAAGAAAGACAAUCUUAUUUAGGCCAAGCAGAAAAUAUUUGAUAAAAUAGAUGAGCUAGAAAAACUUAUUAAUCAAAAGUCUAUUUCUUAAGAGCCAACUAAUCGCAGAAGAAAAUCUUCCAAUAAAAAGAAAUCUACUAAAUCAAGAGUUGAUUAAAGAUAAAAAGAUUCUCAUUCAAGCGUUGGAGGUAGAUAAUAAUAAGUAGUUCCAUCUCUAUUACUUCCUAAUUCUCAAAAUUAGACUAUUGAAAACACUAAAUAGUACUCUUAAUAGAUCUCAUAUAACUAAGCUAAGCAUAAAUUUUAAUCGGACAACUUUGAGAGCAACAUUAACCCUAUGAUAAAUGUAGAUUCUCGUAUUCAAAAUUUGGAUUCAGUUCCAACUACUAGAAAUCAUAUGAUUUAUUUGUCUCCUCUUCAUUCAGAACCCCUAGAACAAUAAAGUUUUACAAAUUAGGCUGACUAGACCUUUUCUCCAAAUAAAGUCUCUACUCAAAAGAGUUUUAGUUUUAAAUAAGGACUUUCUUCUUAUAAGUCUUCAAAUGCUAAUUCAACAGCUACUUUGAAUAUUACAGAUCUUUAAAAUCAAAAGAUCAGAUUGUAUAUUCCAUUCGGCUAUCCACCUUAUUCUUGCUUCUAUUUGGUACACUUACAUUAAUCAGUAUUAGCUUCGGAUAUCCUUGAGUACCUUUUAAGUCAUUUAAAUAUAGAUUAUGAGAAACAAGGUUUAUACUAAUUAGGCUAUAAAUUAGACUAAAAUUCGCCUGUUAUUUAGUUUUAGCAGUAGGAGAAGCCAAUAAAAACCUUAAUGGAAAGAUUGAUGGGUUAAAAACAAUAAUUUGGGCACACUUUUAAAACUUUUGAUAGUUCAAUUGACAAAAGAUGGCCUCGUAUAUACCUAUUAAAUAAGCAAGAGAAUUUUGAUCUCUGA